GCAAGACGUGCGCCAUCUCGAUGGGCUUUGUGCAGCAACAAAUAUAGCGCGCCUCCGGCCUAGCACUCGCUUCUGAUGUUCUCGUCAACCGCAUCCGGCCUUCGACUCCUCGGCCGUCACCAAACGCGAUGUUGUGGGUGCCGGGCAUACUGGUCUUGCCUUUGCUGGCUUUGACCGUAGGCUCAGACUCAUAUGCUACGACUAUUUCCGCACGGCAAGCAGAACAGAGCACACUUCCAGCAUGUGCACAAACAUGUAUUACACAACUUCCGAAUAACUGUCAAGCCGACGAUGUCUGCUUCUGUACUGCAACCGUAAGAACUGCAUAUGAGUCGUGCCUGGCAUCACAAUGUUCUUCCUCAAUGCAGGAUCAACUUGAUGGCCUACAAUACCAAGCCACAACCUGCAAUCGACCGGUUCGCAACAACGCAAACACCUUGUAUGGUGUGACCUGGGCCUUUCUCUCUGUGGCAAUUAUCUUCGUGGCGCUAAGGCUGUUGUCGAGAUGGAGGGGUCUCAACGGAAGCGGCAUCAGUUGGGAUGAUUGGGUCGUUUUGGCAUCCCUCGCGCUCGUCGUUGUACUGGACGUCAGCUUAAAUCAAGAGACGAAGUUGGGACUCGCCACGGACCUCUACACCAACACGGUCGGCAGCAUCGAAGAGAUUCUGCGAUGGCUCUACAUCGGGGAGAUCCUGUACAUCACCGUCGUCAUGACUACGAAAAUCGCUGCCGUCUUAUUGUACUUGCGAAUCUGGACCGCGGACUCCAUCACGAAAGCUUUCAGAUUAUCCUGUUGGAUCAGCAUUGGUAUCUUUGCCAUGACUGCACUUGCGUUCGACUUCGCAAUUAUCUUCCAAUGCUCACCUAUUAGCUACGUCUGGAACCGCGUUACCGGACGAACUGGCUCUUGCAUCGAAGUCGCGCCACUUCUCUAUAUCUUUGGAGCGCUGAACAUCAUCUACGAUGUUGUCGUGUACCUACUUCCGAUCUUCAGUGUUCUGAGGCUCAGUAUCGCGCUUCACAAGAAGGUUGGCGUUGCCACUCUCUUUGCCAUCGGAUUUGUGGUCACAAUUGCAGCGAUCAUACGCUUGCAAUACGUUGUGCGCUUGUUUGGUGCGAUGAACCUUACCUGGGAGUACCAGUAUACUGGCUUGUGGGCCAUCAUCGAGGCCAACUUGUCGGUCAUCUGCAUCUGCGCACCGCCCAUCGCUGGCCUGAUGCAGCGCUGGUUCAGCGGCAGGCUCGGAGAUGCGAACAGCGGCUAUGCCAAUGGCUCUGUCGCAACGCAGCGCCUUUUCGGACGACGACGUGAUGAUGAUUCAGAUGUCGACACACCUGGAAUAAUUGCGACCGAGAUGACACAGCAAGAUGAACCCGCAGACAUGGAGAGUGUGCUUCGAAAAGGGCAAUUCGAUGGACAGUCUGGCACCAGCAAGAUUGGCGAUUUGGACAUGAAGUCUAUCGGAUCCAGCAGCACUUCGGACAUGGAGAGGCGCAGGCUCGGGAGUAGCAAGAAAACAGCAGCUUUGUUUCCAGAGAAGGAAACUGCUGAAUCUACUGCACUCGUAUUUCGACCACAGCCGGGUAAUAGCAAAGUGGAAAUCAUCCACGAGCCGCCCACCAAGCCUGCUGAGGCGCGUCUGGCAUAUCGCGACGAGCACGAUGUGUACCACGAAGUCACGAUCACCGACAUUCCCCACGGCCGCUUCCCAAUGCACACCAACGGCAAAGCGAGACCCGCCGGCCUCGGUGCGCUCGCAGAAGCGGAGAAUAGCGAUGAAAUUCAGCCGCUUUCAAAGGCUCCCGUGAACGCUCAUCUCAGCGACGGCGAUCAAUCAAUGUCCGAAUCUCUUCGUGACUCUGACCCGCAAGGUCAAGGCGUUGCCCUGCCAAAAUCAUACUCGCCGCCAGCUUCCCGCUCGCAGUCGCCUCCUGUGUCUCAGCUUGGCUACCAGUCUCUCAAUGGCAGCUUUGUUGGAGUUGCAGGCUCGAAUUCGAAGCGCAAUUCGCAGUUUGCGGUCCCAACAAGACAGUCGGCGACACGAUCCAUCUCUUUGGCCAGCGGUACUCUGGAGGCGAUCGAUGUCGCUGCAAAGACGCCAUCGCCGCCGACUUCGCAGUCUACACAAUCUAUCACGACCCAGACCGACGAUACUUCACUCGAUGAGCCACCUCAAUCAGCUGGGCUUCCAAUCAAGCGACAGGAAGUGGUCUACACUCCAAGGGCUAUGACACCUGGAGGUCGCCAACUUCGGUCUCCAUCGAAGUCGACCCAGGUUGACGAGGCUUCUCUAUCACCGCCUCCUCGUGCUUCUAUGGCUGGAGGUUCACAUUUCGCAUCAUCGAACUCCAGGUCUCCUUCGCAUAUGAAUCGACGUGGCCCAUCUCAAGAGCCAUCGAUGUCGCCCGAGCCAUUUAUGAGCGCACCAUCGCCGCCAAGGGCACAAUCUCCACCUGUUUUGCAGUCCAACUUACCACAGGUCGCAGUGGAUCGUAGCUACUCUCAGUCCCGAUCACCGCCACCGGCUCAACAUACAGGUUACCGCGACUCCUCGCUCCAAGCUGGAUCGCCAAUGGUUGAUCCGUACGAGUUCGAUGGCAAUUCGCCAGCAAGGAUUAUGUCUCCACCUCGAGGACCACCAGAUCAGUAUGCCGACGAGCCUGUCACUGCUCAUACCAGAUCAGUAUCGAGGCAACCUGAAAUGUCUCCCCCUCUGCCGGCAACAUCAAAUCCCAGCUCAAGCAAUCCUCCAAGCAAUGAAGUCACUUUCUUGCCGCGUGGUCGAUCGCCUCCACGACCACAGUCCCAAAAAUUUGAUGCGCCUCGAUCACAGUCUUCCGAAGCACUGCACUCUCCACCAUUGCCCACCCGCGAUAUGGGCACUGAAACUGACCCAGAGGAGGAAACCGACAAUCCGCGCACACCUUCCGUGCCACGUGGUGCGGAAGAUUGGCACCUCUCGCGCACGGCAUCACAACUUGACAUACCUCAUGAUUCCUUCAAUGCCGAAUCAAGGAUGAUGUCAAGGUCUCCGCCCCUGGAUUUCUUGCCGCUUGGUAACGAUCGCACCAUGUCUGGAGACAUGCUGCCAGCAAGCACUUACAUCUUCGACAACUCCAGGCCUGGCUCACGAUUCAGAUCUCAAUCGCCAAAUAUGGCUAUCGACACGGAGCUCGCCAACAGAAAUGAAGAGUAUCCAGAACCAUCAGCAGAUAUGGGCGCACAGGCUGGAUCCCCGUACUUGAACAGUCGGCCGCCGGCAAUGACAAUGCCUCUACCAGCGGUCGACAUUGACGCAGCUCAGUCACCCCGCACGGCAUCUUCGCAAGCGGUUCCCAUGGCCUCGCAACGACCUUCGGAAAGUCGCUCUCCUUCGCCUACUGCGAAGAUGGCAGGCAUUCAAUCUCCGCCGCAGGACUUCACGGACGACAUCCGCCCGCCAUUGUCCAAAGCAGGAUCUGACCAAUAUGUGCCACGCGCUCCAUCACCAACUGCAAUGAUGGCGGGCAUCGUGCCCGAUGACUACCACGAAAGCCGUCGUGGCUCUAUGAAGUCUCCCGUCCGCAGUCCCUCUCCACCUCGCAGUGCUGCGCCAAUGUUCAGCCCAAGAGACGUUACAUCGCCUCGCUACGAGUCUGCGGACGCUGGGACUUCUCCGAUGUCGAAUGGAAGCGAAGACGAGAUCUUAGGGAUCGGCAUUGCGUCGCCGCGAGAUAUUGACAACCCUGGUACACACUCAGCAGACGCCGGCACCUCCCCGAUGUCAGAUUUCAAGGACGAGGACAGCGAGCCAGAUGUCGCUACAGCCAGUGCCCUGCCAACUCGGGACAUUGAGCAGCAGCGAUCGAACUCCGCCGACCGUGGUACAUCUCCCAUGUCAGAUUGGAAGUCGGACUCAUCACCUGCCGAGUCUCCCGGUGCUCCAUCGCCAGAUAUCGUGGCUCCUCGCUCACUGUCAGCUGACCGCGGCACAUCCCCAAUGCACACUGACAGCCCAAGAUCUCCUCUGCCUGGACUUGCCUCGCGCUCUGCCUCUGCUACCACUGUUGGCUCCAAGGACGAUGACGGCCCACUACCAGUGCGAGAUAUUGAGCAGCAGCGCUCAACUUCUGCGGACCGCGGCACUUCCCCAAUGUCUGAUUGGGGUGACGACGAAGCUCCUUCGCCUCAGUAUAACCAAGGCAAACGGCUUAGUGGCGACCUCACCCGUCGUCCAGCUUUGUCACCAAUUCAGCCCAUGCGUCGCCUGUCCCGACAAUCCCAAGCAUCAUCCGACGAGAACACUCCUGCGCACACCCAGCUGCCUUUCGCCAAUGCUGCAGGACGUAGAGAAAUCCCGCAGCCACCUCGCAGAAAUCCCUCUCAGGUUGCACUACCUAAGGGUGCUUCGGACAUCGAGGGCACUUGGACACCAGAUAACAAUCGCACUCCCGAUUUGGACAGAGUCGACGAGGGUGACGAUGGUGCUCAAUCUCCUUACAACAUGCCUUCUGUGAUACACUCUGCAAUCAUUCCUGAGGAUCGUGGACGUGGACUACCUGGUCCCCCCAUGACUUACGGUGCGAUCAUGAGCCCACAAUACCAUGGACCAAGGAUGGAGUCUGAGGAGAUGAAUGCUAUGAAUUUUGAGGAACGCUGGCAGCAGCACUACGGCGAGCGUGAGCGAUUCAACGAGCGCGCGAACAGCAACGAUUUCUUCCCCGAUGGGGUUCCAAUGUUCCCAGACGAGUUCGACACCAACGAUCGGGACUACUCUCCAGUCCGUGGCAUCGAUGAUGAUGACGAAGAGGAAGAAUGGCCACGCCAACCUGGAUAUGAGAUUCCUCAUAUUCCGUCACCGCUUUUGGCUCAACUCCUCGGCGCCGCGGAUCCAGAGAUCUUCGACAGCCGAACACCCUCUCGCUCCCCAUCGCGCUCGCGAUCACGAUCAGCAUCUCCUGAUGGUGACGAUCUGGUGCGUGCCGCUGCCAGAGCUGCCGACAGAGGACGAAGAGAGCACACUCGCUCUCCAUCACCAACUCGUCGCGAACUGAAUCGGAUGGGUCAAGCCGCGGCCACAGAUGUCUUUGAGAACAAUGCAUCGCCAGCCCUGCCUGUUCCGUCCGCGGUUGCUCGUCAAGCCAAUCGCUCGGCCCGCAUGUCCUUCAACUACGAUGACUCCCGACUGCAAUCACCUGCUGGAAAUGCUACAGGUAUGCGCAGUCCUGAUGUAGCCAACCCAGAUCCGAUCCAUCCGGAGAUACUGCGGCAGGAGCUCAACAAGCGUGCACCAAUGAUCAUGACUGAUGAUGGAACUGAUAUGCCCGAUACUGACCCUCCGAGACCCUACGAUGCACAAAUUGCAGCUCUUGAUGCCCCAAGUCCUCCAGAACCUUCUUCUGCUCGUCUGCGCGAGGCGCUAGAGCAAGCAAGCCCAGAUGUUGGCGCUCAAGAUCUUCCUAGUACUAGCCAGUCGCCGGAUCCAUGGACAGCACAGCUGGCACACAUGGAUCCCAACUCGGUUUCUGUCUCACGGUCAAUUUCGCGCUCGAUCUCUCGUUCUGCAGCGGUGUCUCUAUCCCCCAGCGCGUCUGCUCGCAUCCAAGAACGUCAAUGGCAGUCAAUGAGCCCUCAAUAUAAUGGCCCUUCCGCAGACAGAGUAUGGGAUGAAGGAACGUUGUCUCCACCGCUGCCGGUGGUGAGUCCUGGCUUGGAUGACAAUAACGAUAGCACGCCUACGACCCCGGGCGGUGACGAGGCUCCACUUAGAAGCCCAUCGAUGUCUCCGCCUAUGUCCCCAGCUGGUGUCAGGCUCUCGAGGACUGAUUCCUUUGACAAUGGUCGCCCAGCUGAGAACCGUACUCCAGGCUCUGACUUCUUGCCUAGCCGGCCAGUAUCUCAGCUUGAUCUGCCAACUCUCUCAGACAUGACCUCAGACAGCCCCAUGCUCUCCGCUGGACCCAACCAGGAGAUGGAGCGUGACUCUGGAGUCAGCGUUUCUAAUCGCGGAUCGUCUGACCCAACCUCAAGAGUCAGCUUUUCUCGCCGUGAGUCCGCAGACCACAGCUCUGCGAUCUUCUCCCAGCGUGGCUCCUCGGAUCCAAGCUCUGCAGUCGCAAUUUCAAGCCCAGAAAUCCCACGUCGCAGUUUCGAGAGGGAUGGAUCACGACCUCGCAGCUCACGUCUCGUGCCUACAGAGUCAACUCCGGGCGAGAACCAAGCCAUUGUCAGAUCUCUGUGGAUGCGAGCCGAGUCCAGACAAUCUGCUAGCCGCGCGCCAAUGUCUCGUGAUAGCUCCCGCGCCCCGUCCUUCGAGGACAAGGCCAACCAAGAUGCAGUGCCCGACCGAGAAGCCAAUACCGAAUCCUGGUACAACCCGACAGUAAUGCCUCGUCCGCAACCACCUUCGUCUGCCUUGCUAAGCCCCGAUUCCAAAGACGAGUCGCCUGCCGUCUCCUUGUCCUCGCCAGCCAAGGCACAGGAGCAGGCAGAGCCACCAGCUGACGAAACUGUCGCUGCCGAUUCCUACGUGGACUCCUUCACCCAGUCUGAGGGGCCAACCGUCGAGGAUAAGAAGCGCACUUCUAUCACUGAUGGCCCAUCCUUCGAGACUUUACAAUCUCAGUCAGAGGCUCCGACUGCUGAUCCGGUUGCUGACGCUCUCAUGUCGCAAGCCGAGACCGACAACGAGGAAGAGGUUGAGGAGAAGCCGACCACGGUCGAGAUGGCCACAAGCCCUAUGCUGGAGAACCCAAGAAUGUCAGCAGCCGCGAGUGAGCAGUCUGAAGGAAAGAUCAAGAAGGAUUCAUCUUCUAAAUCUUCCGAUCUCAUCGCCGAAGCUCUCCUUUCCUUGGUGCCAGCGGGAGAGCAGAUCGAGGAUCAGGACACUGCCGGCUUCGUCAGUGCGCCUGUCUCGGUGCCACCCGAGCAACUGGCAAAGAACAUCAGCCCAAAUGCAGAGUACGAUCCAUUCAAGUACUCUUCUGAUGAGGAGGCCGAGAAGAAUGAGGAGAAGACCGAUGUUAAGCAGGUCGACGAAAAGACCCUUGGCAGUUUGGUCGGCCAGCCAAAGGCUUCGCCUAUCCUUGCAAGCGAGUCGACGCGCCGCCAGUCAGCAUCCUCUGGUGCUCUGAGUCCACAAAGCGACUCCCCUCUGCCAUCUGCAUCUCAACUCAAUCUGCCAAGCAUCAGCGCUGUGACUGCCGAGAAGAAGCAGGACACCAAGCCACCGACACCAAAAGUCGCAAAUGUUGAAGUUUUGUCGUCUGCCGGAAGUUCACCUGACGUGUCACAGUCCGACUCUCAGGAAUCUAAGCGCGCGUCUAUUCUCUCUGAUACCUCUAUGCCGUCCGUUGGCAGUAUGGAUACCGACGCGUCCGCCCGCACCAACAGCAAUGAUUUCGAUUCGAGCGAGUUGCCCUCGACUCCGCCUGACGAAGAGGCCGCCACGUCUCCAAUGUCCGCGGGUUUGAAGGACCUCUUCGCAUCGGAAUCCCCUCAGGUCGCUGUGGUUGGCGAGACAAAGCCCGACGAGGUAACGGAGAAGCUUCGCCGUCCUCAACCCCCUUCGCGCACUGUUUCUCAGCUCGCCUACCCGGAUGAAGAUUGA